GUGUGUGUGCAGGGCAUCCAACAAAGGGGGGUGACCGUCUGCAAGCAGGAAGUGACCACGCCCAUCAAGGUAUCUAAUUAUCCUCGAUUACAAGUCGCUUUUAGAUUAACCCCUCCUUUACCUAAUAAGUCAACAUGGUCAGGUAUAAGAACAGAUAUCUACUCCUAGAGGUGAAGUUUCCGUCUAUCGAGGACGGUAACAAAGCUCUCAAAUCUGUCACCCCAAGAUCACUAGCCUCGUUGUUCAAAGAUGUGAUGGCUGCAAUACAUGGCGACUACGGUCUAGCAUGUGUCCUACAUUCUAUUAAUGUCAAAUACUUGAAUGUCCUAACCAGAGUGGUAAUUCUUCGUUGCCCGAGAGACCACCACAAGGCUGUUUGGGCCGCUGUGGCCACCAUUACACAAUUGGAGAAGACACCCUGUGCUUUCAGGCUACUGCAUCUAGCCGGAACCAUUAGAUCCUGUCAAAGACAACUGGUCAAUCACAAUCGAACUCAGCUCAGAGAAAUGAUCAGAUCUGCCCCUAAUCCCAUGGAGAAACGAAAAUUACAAGAGAAAGUGGACUCAAUAUUAAUGAAAGAUUCUAUUCAGCUUAGAGUUUGAUUUCACAUUUUUGCGCAUUUUUCAUGUACUUUUAUCUAAAAAUGAUUGUUUAUUGUAUCUGUUCAUCGCCUUCUUCAAUGUCCUUUAAACUCAGUA